GUCCGUGACACAAGCUUUCACGGUAAGCUUUCACGAUCCGAAUUACGUAGUGAAUGUAUUUGUAGUUUCGCGUAAGUGAUGUGCUAUCAUGUGAUUCUGUGUUGGAUCCCUGAACUGUCUUUGAAUACAUAUUGAUCUAAUGAAUUUGUGUUAAUGGAUUAUUAAUUUAUGUGGAUAGUGAUUGACUACGGAUUUGGAAGAACACCCUUAAACAGAAAUAUUACAGUGUCAGUGUAGUCAGAAAUGUUGGAUGUACUAUAGCGGUGAUAAACAUGGCACAAAAGGCUGGCCUCUGGUUUAUGUUGUGGAUAGCUAUCAUACCUCUCCAUAGAGCUGAUAACUUGGAACUCCUCCUGGGUACGCUACGAACACAUCAAAAGGCGGCGUGCGACGAAGAAAUGGUCACACUCAUAUGUCCAAGAGGCACGACUAUCAGCAUCCAGGUGGCGCAGUACGGCGCCUCAGCGUCACAGAACUCCUGUUCACCAGAGCUGGCUGAGUAUCAACCAGUCGCCGUCGAGGUGGUGGGCGAUACAAGCUGCAGUUGGCCCAGCGCUUUGCAGUACUCGUUGUUGCAGACGGUGGUGGAAGCGUGUCAGAAGAAACGACAGUGUAAAUUCCAUACAAGCCCUAAAGCAUUUGGCGUAGACCCGUGCCCCGGUUCUAGAAGAUUCGUCGAAGUCGCCUAUAAGUGCCGUCCAUAUGAGUUUCGAAGUAAAGUGGGCUGUGAAAACGAUGUGCUUCAUUUGAGCUGUAACCCGCACUCAAGGGUUGCGAUAUAUUCGGCGCAGUAUGGGAGGACGGAGUACGAUUCGAUACAAUGCCCUCAGCCUCGAGGGAUGAAGGAAGAAACCUGCCUAGAACCGUAUGCGACCGAAACUGCAAUGAGAGAGUGUCACGGGAAGAGACGCUGUGUGCUGUCAGCAGACAGUAAGAUGUUCGGCAAGCCGUGUCGCACCGGCAGUAGGACGUAUCUGAAAGUGGUCUAUACUUGCGUGCCUCGGACUGUCCUAAAGGAACGAUACGAGAGUGCCCCUGAAGAGGAUGAGGUAGCCCACGAUGUGUCUGAUCUUGAACAUGAAGAUGUCGAUGAAUCGGGAGACCGUUGGUGGGGGGAGUCAGCAGUGCCCCCCGCGCCAGCAGUAGCGGCAGUACCCCCGCAGCGACCCGCCCAUUCUAUCAACACAACCAGGGAAGAACCCUCGAUAGCACCGCCACGUCAUCACUUGCCGAAAGACGAUCAGUUCGACAUCAUGUACGUGUACAUAAUAGCCGGCGUCGCUGCAGUUCUUCUACUUUGCGUGAUCAUCGCCAUCAUACGUUGCGUGCUCCAGAAGCAAAGCACGGAACAGCCAAAAGGACCAGACGUGUCCGCGACGACCGACAUUCCCAACGGCUUCAACGACAGCAUAUCGGAAGUGGACAAUGAUAUCAACAUAACCAGCCUCUCCGGACCCAUAGACAUGACAGAUGCCAUGAAACAGGACAUUCAAAUUUCGAACGUGGCGCUCAGCCCCAAAAUCAAUAGAUACGUCGGUCGUCCGGUGCCCAACACGUAUCCUCACGUAAGUACCAACAUGUACGGCCAGGUCGCUGAAUUUCCUAUAGAAAUGCCCCUCAGGACUAUGCCGCACGGCACGUUAGGUCGCGGAGUUGCGGUCAAAACCCUGCCCAGAGUUCAAGUACAAGCCGAAACCGACCCUAAUACGCGGAGUUUAUAUCGAUAUUCGAACGCGCAGUAUUACUUCGGGUGACAUCAAGACAGUGGCCAGUGUUCGGAUGUAUCGCGGACUUACUGUUUCUAGAUCGUGUAGAACUUGUCCUACUUUUAAAUACAACUGUGAUAUUAAUUGAAACUUUCCUAUUGUGCGCUGUUCUCCAACUGAAGACACGGAAAAGUUCUGUACAGUUUGUUGCACAUGUGAUUAUUUAUCUAACUAGCUAACUUCAUCUUCAAUUUUAUAAUUGUAGGCUGAUAGUUACCAAAUAUUAUGUGCUAUUUACAGUUAUUAAUGAUUAUAUAAUAUGUAUUUCAAAAUACUGAA